AAAUGAGUUAAGAUAACAAGUCUUUUUUUGAUUUCACAUCCCCUUUUAAGUUGAAAAGGCCAAUAGAAAUAUUUUAAAAAUCCUAAAAGGAUCAAUUUUACGUUCUAAAAUAGGACAAGUUUAAAUUGAAGACUUUUGUACUUCAACGGAAUUACUUGAUCAAAUUUAGUUCAAAGGUAUCAUAUAAUAUAAAAAUAUAAAGAAACCAAAGCAGUAGUUUUAUAACAUUACUAAUUCCUUACUUGAAUUUGUUCAUCAUCCACUAAUGGGGACAGGAAUUUCAAUAACGAAAAACGGAGAAAAUAUUACAUUCUUUGGUCUGGUAGAGAAUUGCUAUUCCAAUUUGAGGAAAUGGUGCAUAUAACUAAACUUUUAGAAAGAGUAUUGCAUGAUUAAACUAAUUGGAAAAGGUAGCUUUGCAAAAGUAUAUAGAAUAAAUAAUAAUUAGGUUUACAAAAUUUAAAGACUAAGUGAUAAAAAAGAGUUUGCAGUUAAGCUAUUUGAUAAAACCACUUUUAAAUGUUAAGAUAGGCCAGCUUUGCUAAAAGAAAUUGAGUUAAUGAGAAUAAUGAACCAUAAAAAUGUUGUUACAAUUCUUGAAACAUAUGAAAACGAGCAAUAUAUAUUUAUAAUUUAAGAGUUGUUUAAUGGGGGUGAACUUCAUCAAGAAUUGAAAAAAACUAAAACAUUUUCUGAAUAUGGGGCUUUCAUAAUUAUUUAAUAAGUGAUUGAAGCAUUAAAUUAUAUUCAUUCUCAUGGAAUUAUUCAUAGAGACAUAAAACCUGAAAACAUAAUUAUGAGAGAAUAAGGAAUGAUAGAAUAGGUGGUUUUAGCUGAUUUUGGAUUGGCAGAUUAUUUUAGAAAAGAUUGUAAAUAUAUGUUUACAAGAUGUGGUACUCCUGGAUUUGUAGCACCAGAAUUAUUAUAAGAUAAAAUAUAUGAUUAUAAAGUUGAUAUAUAUAGUUGUGGAAUACUUUUCUAUUAUUUAUUAUUAGGUAAAGGUCCAUUCGAUUCAAAUAAUUAUGAUUAAACAGUUAUGGGUAAUUUUAAUGGUUGGGUUGAUUUAACAAAAUUUCAAUUUUCUAUUGAAUGUCUAGAAUUAUUAAGAGGAAUGUUAGAUCCAAAUUCAAUUAGAAGAUUUACAAUUGAAUAAAUUCAAUAAAGCUCAUUCUUUAGAAAAUAUUCAACAGUUUUCUAAUAAAAUACAAGUUAAAGUAGUUUAGGAAGUAUUCAAUCAUAAGGGGACUCUAUAACUAAUUCUCCAUUAUAAAGUCCAAUUUUAGAAUAAAAGAAAUUCCCCAGCGAUCUGAAGAACAAAUAUGAAAAUUCUUAAGUGUCAUCUAUACAAUCACCAAUGAGAUUAAAUACAAGAAAUUACUCUCCUUUAUCAGCUCAAUUAGGGAAAAUUUAAAAUUUACAAAGGAUACCUAUAUAAAUAUGAAUAAAUAAUCUAUAUAUCGAG